AUUUAGCCUACACUUCCCGGUAGUUUAAUACACUCAUGCUGUCACAGUUGACCAACUGCGGAAAACUAUCAAGUGUAUGAAGAAUGAGCCUUGUCCAUUUGGAUAUAGGAGGUCUUGACCCCACCGUGCUGAGGGACCAACUCUUCGAGCUAUGGACACAGAAAGAUCUAAAGACGCUACAUUUGGCUGUGCUCCAGGGCUUUUCAAAACUCAACGAUCCCCUGGAGGCCAUCCUAACAAUCCUGGAGAGCUGUCCAGGCAAACAAAAAGGUCGGAGCCACACCCUUGGCUACUGCAUCCUCAUGGAAUUUCAGACAUGGAUGAAAGAACAUCCUCAGGUGAGCCUGAAUUCGCUGCCAGAACAAGAAGCAUUUUCACUCCAGCAGCGAGCGUUGCACCUGCUCACAGAUGCACAGCCCAACUUUGUGGAAGCCCUUAUAAACAUCUACCAACUCAACACUGUGGAUCCUUCUGUACUUAGACUACAAAUUAUAAGACUGCAAGCGCUUAACUGUUAUAAAGAGGCAAUUGAUAUUGCCAGUAAACUGAAGUUGCAGAAUGAACUAAGUGUGGAGGAGAUGUGUAUACCGCUCAUCUUGCAAGAUAAGUUGUCAAUGGCAGAGUCUUAUGUAAAAGGCCACAAACACCUUGUACAAGCACUUGUCACUCUGCUGGACUCCUGGUGCCACCCCAACUUUGACGUGAACCAAAUAAUCAUGCAGUUUCCACGGCUCUCCCUCUCCAGACAUCACAUGGGAGUAAUUCAACCCAAGAUGCUCACAAAACACGUGAUAAGACUGGUGGAGAAGUACAAUAUUGAUCAAGCACUGUGCCCUAAUGCAUUGUAUAAAAGGAGACUGGACUCUUUACGCUAUCUCAUGUACAAGGCAUUUGUGGAGAAUGGAAUGUCAGAGGAGAACUGGAGUGAUCUUGUGCAGAUUGUUGUAAGAGAGGACUUGGAACUUCAGAUCCAGCUGGUGGAGAUGUUAGUGAGAUAUAGUUGUCUACGCAAAGCUGCUCAGUGGUCAAUCAGAUACAACAUCCCUCCAGAACGCUUACCCUGUGGAGUUUGGGAAACUCAGCAGACAUUACCUCAACAUUUGCGGCAUGUUCUUUUGGACUCGACUCAAAAUGAAGACUGGGUGCCAUCUUCAUCUCAUUGUGAAAGGUUUUACCAGGUCCCUCUCUCCAGAGACAAAGUUAUAUUUGUAGACACCCCCGAGGCUCUACAAAAACAUCAAACGUUGUUACUUAAGGAAGGUGGUGUUGUUGGAGUGGAUAUGGAGUGGCAACCAACUUUUGGUUGUAUCUUGACUCAGUCUCAAGUUGCUCUGAUUCAGCUGGCUGUUUCUGAACAUGUUUUCCUGAUAGACCUUUGUCAAAAAAGCUACUGUCAGCAUCCAGAAACUUUAAAUUUUAUCAGGAGGCUCUUCUCGCAAUCAAAUAUUCUUAAACUGGGUUAUGGUAUGUCAGGUGAUCUCAAGUGUCUCUUGGCCACCUGGCCCCAGUUAAUAGAUCAGCCUCUCAAGAUGGAAGGGGUGUUGGAUCUUCUCAAUGUUCACCAAAAGAUCCAGCGCAGUAAAAAGAAGAGAACACAGAAAGGCCCUAAAGAGGUGCUGGUCAGCCAAGAUUCGUCAGAGAAAGGCCUCAGUCUGCUUGUACAGCAGGUCCUGGGACAGCCCCUGGACAAAACAGAACAGAUGUCCAACUGGGAGAAACGGCCACUUCGCGUCAGCCAAAUUAGAUAUGCAGCGGCUGAUGCAUACUGUCUGGUGGAUGUAUACAAUGUCCUGUCAAGCAGACCAGCAGAUUUUGGGCUGCCUGCAGACCUGCGUACCAUCUCAACCAGUCAGACAGAAAAAGUCAAAGAGAAGAAGCAGAAAAAUAAAGAAAACAGCAAAGAGGAAUGUCAUGGGGCUCAAAGGGUCAGCUCCCCCCGUUCUGCAGCAGAGAAAGACCUCCUGUGUGGGGAGUUGUCCUGUGAGGACUUCCCCCCUGUACCCCCACAACAGCUCCGGGUGGUGUGUGACAACAUGCUGCAGGGGCUGGGCAGGUACCUGCGUUGCUUAGGAGUGGAUGUAGUAAUGUUGGAGAACACUGAUGACCACAAGAAAGCAGCAGAGUUAGCACAUUGGGAAGGCCGUUUCAUACUCACUUGUGGACAACCCUAUCAAAGUUUACGGUCUCAGGUGGGCGAGGGCCGCUGUCUCUUGCUGGACUGUUCGGAGAAGGCUAGAGACCAGGCUGUCAGAGUCCUCAGAUACUUCAACGUCAAGCUAACUCCCAAUGACGUAUUCAGUCGCUGUCAGGCUUGUAACAGUGACGAGUAUGUGGCAGUGCCUAGAGCAGAUAUGAGAAAUAUGCUCAAACAAAAAGGCUUCCUCCAGGACCAGAAUAUAGACCUCACUGAUGAAGUGUUGCCCCAGAUGGAGGAGGAGAAGGCGUCGACCUCCAGCGUGACCCCUGCCCUCCCCAGGUAUACUCACCAGUGUCGCUGGGCCUCUCUGUCAGGCCUGGACCCAGACAGCCUGACCUUUCCCGGUGGGGCACCGAUCCAGCUCCACACUGUGCCCCAUGGCCUCCUGCCCAAGAUCCCUGUCUUCUAUGUGUGCACCAGAUGUGGGAAGGUGUUCUGGGAAGGAUCACACUUUGAGCGCGUCCUGUCCAUGUUUCAGGACGUUUUUCACAUAACAGACCAGAAUGCAGUGGUCACAGCAGCGCAAUAACCUGUCUUUAACAUUAUACUCAGAAGGCUUUUACAUUAAUGAGGGCGUGGUAGCAAAUGUGCGGGCGUGGUUUUGGUUAUUAUUAUUUCUUCUUAUAUCAAAUGUGUUGAACAGUAAUGUACUGGUACUUCAUCUCUGUAUUCUGUAUGAUUAUUAUUAUUAUUUUUUAAUUACUAUAAUGUAAAAUUUUACAAAAAUGGCUAUAUUCACAUGACCUUUGAAUCUGAGAUUGUCUGAAAGGGACUGUUCAACUUUUAGUUUGAUAAAUAGUUCAAUGUGAUUUUUGCACUGUUAUAGUUUACCCCCUUAUAUUUGUGUGUUAAUGCUCAGUUUUUUUAUACAAAGCAAUUGCAUAAGAGUUGAGAGCUGAUAUUUCUUUAUUUUUCUUUAUUUUUAUGUGAUUGUUUAAUUGCAGUAAAAUAAACAAUGUUCAACUU